AUGCUUUCAUUGAUCUUACAUGAAUAUUACAAAUAUAUUACUUGUUUUAUCCGGUGCAUCGUUUCUGUUCUACGAGCGGAUAUUAAACGAGAUUGUCGUCGACAAACAAAUGUUACUUGGGAAUCCUUAAGACAACUAAAGGCUGGUAACAUUGAACAAAAUGAUAUGAAAUUAAAAUGUUAUUUAAGAUGUUUUAUGAUGAAAAGUGGUAUUCUUAACAAAGAUAACAAUAUAGAUGUUGAAAAAGUUUUGCGAUAUCUUCCACGUAAUAUGCAAGAAUCAUCGAGAAGAACUCUUAACCGAUGCAAAUCAAUUUCAGCUCAAAAUGCUUGCGACAAAGCUUUUCAAAUAGCUAUGUGCUAUUUUAAAGAACAUCCAGAAAUAUUAAAAAAUGCACCGAUUAUUUAAAAAUAAUUAUUUUAUGUUUAAAUACAACACCAGUUUACGGAAAACAUAAAUAGGAA